UCAAGCUCGUCUUUUUAGGAGAGCAGAGCGUGGGAAAGACAUCGCUGAUCACUCGCUUCAUGUACGACAGCUUUGACAGCACGUACCAGGUUGCCUGGUUCGGCCCGCGCCGGUCGCUAGCAUCGCCAAGGAAACGAGCGCGUGACGGAGCUGCUGAUUUGCAAACGGGCACCCGGCUGGACCGCCUCACGUGGGCCAACACAACUCAACUCAACUACAUCCCAAAAACCAACAAAAGAGAACUUAAGAAGCAUAGCACCCAAAAAGUUCCUCGAACCGCAGCAAAUUUCAAUUUACUUCACUUGCAUGUUUUCGACUGACAUUUAACACAUUCAAACUACGGCAGACUUAAAGUAGGGCCGCAACCUUUUAUCGAGUAAAUCAAAUAAAUAAUCAAAUAAGCGUUGCAGGGAUCGUCUUUCCACACCGACCGUUAGAUGCAACUUUGGAAUCGUUUCCAACAUAAAAAAGGAGAUCAAUUGCAGUGUGCCGACUGCAAAGCAGAACUGACUCACACGACAGCACGUCUACGAUCGCCAACACAAGGAACGAUUGUUGGCUAAUUUAAUAUAGCCGACCACUGCCAUUUUAAUCCCUUUUUUUGAAUAAACGAUAACAAAAUAAACAUUUAAUAAACAUUCACACACGUUUGCCACAAGUGACGCCCAGACCGGGCAACGGUUAGUCAGUUAACAGGCAGCUGCUAACUUGAGCUCACAACAGCGAAUCCUACUUUCAUUCGCUGACUUUCACCUCACUCUUCAGGCCAGGCGAAAGCCAUACACCCUCAAAGUCGCAGAUAAUAAAUAGUGUAGAAUGAGAGGAUGGGGUCCUAAGGGAACAUCACCUGCAACUCACAUGCACAUUUUGUUGUUUAAUAAUGCAGAGUCAUUCAAUUUAUCUGAUUACUCUAUUCUAAAACGAUUUGAUAACUGCAGCCCUAGCUAAAAUCACCGUUCAAACCAUUUUCCCUCUUUUCUCAAUCCCUCUCACUGUUAAACGUUACAGUCGGGUUUGUUUUACGAGUGGUGCCGCUGGAGAUAGAAAGUACGUGUGACGUCAUGUUAAAAAAAAUUAAAAAGUCUGUACAGUCUGUACACUUUACACUUGUAUGACAGCGAAGAACGUUAAAAUGCGAUUUAUUAAAACAUGGCCUGUACAGUUGACAAAGCUUAUAUGAAGGCGACAGUUUGCGCCUGAACAGAAUUUAAGUACCCUCAUUUUAAAAUGUAAAUAUUGGGAUUUAUUUUGGGCCAGAUCACCUGAGGACAUCAUAGCAGUUGAAGCAGUGUGCUUGGCAACGCACUGUGAACACCCCGCCAAGAAGGAACACAAAGCCAUCUGCCUCGCCGGAGACAAACACACCCUUGCAGAAUGAUACAUAACAAAUAAUGAACUGAAACUACGACAAGUUAGUAUUUGAAGGAGCCCUGGAAAUGGCCAACAUGAGCCAAAAAUGGCCGCUUCGAACCAGAAUGGAUGACUUCCUGUGUCUUUUCGGGCCUGGCUUCCUCAGACCUUUUUGUGGAUAUACUCAUGACAGACGUGUCUACCAAAUUUCAUGUUGCAAGGUGAAACUGGCUUCAGGGAAUUCGUUUUCAAAGACUUCUGGACAACAGGACAAGCCGGUCCAGUUGUUCUUUACUAAAUGACAUUGCUAACUAGUAGCCUGGCAUGCACAUUACAACAUUUCAUUUUGGGGUUUUGUAGUUCUCCAUCCAUGUUGACACAGGGCACUUCAUUCUAUCAUUUCAGAAUCAUCUUUAUUUGCCAAGUAUGUCCAAAAAACACACAAGGAAUUUGUCUCCGGUAGUUGGAGCCGCUCAAGUACGACAACAGACAGUCAAUUGGCAGAGAACACUUUUGAGACAUAAAGACAAUGAGAAAAACAGUUAGAGCAGUUUGAAUGACUAAUGUACCAAUAGUCCGGUGCAAAGGGCGCCGAGACUUCAAGGAGUGUAUGCAGUUUUAAAGUGACCUGUAGCGCGAUAAUCUGGGACAAUGUCGAUUGUGCAAAUGUUGCAGAUACUCCGCAGUCAGUGUGCAAGUGGGGCAGAUGCUACUCUGGCAUGAGUGGCCAGUAUUGGUCAACAACAGAUAUGCAAAUAGUGCAGCGUGGCGAGACAACCACAGUGAGUGCACGAGUACUGUAUAAUUGACCUGACAGAAAUGUGACAACAAACUCAAGACAAAAAAAAUGGCAGCAUGUUGCCAUGGAAUUCUAGGUUAGCUGUUUAAGAAGUUGAUUGCAAGAGGGAAGAAACUGUUGGAAUGUCUGCUAGUUCUAGUUUGCAUUGAUCGGUAGCGCCUACCUGAGGGAAGGAGCCGGAAGAGCCGGUGACCGGGAUGUGGAGUGUCCAUGAGGAUUUUGCACGCUCUUGUCUUAGUUUUGGCAGCGUGCAAGUUCUCAAGGGUGGGUAGGGGGGUACCGACAAUCCUUUCAGUACUUUUGAUUGUCCGUUGCAGUCGGAGUUUGUCCUUUUUUGUAGCAGCACCAAACCAGACUGUGAUGGAAGAACACCGGACUGAUUCGAUGACCGCUGUGUAGAACUGCCUCAGCAGCUCCCGUGGCAGGCCGUGCUUCCUCAGAAGCCGCAGGAAGUACAUCCUCUGCUGGGCCUUUUUGAGGACGGGGUUGAUGUUGAUCGCCCCCUUCAGGCCCUGAGAGACUGUAAUUCCCAGGAACUUGAAGGUCUCGACGGUUGACACAAGGCAGCUGGACAACGUGCGGGGCAGCUGUGGCGAAGGAUUUCUUUGGAAAAGCUGUAUUUCUCAUAUUUUUGUCUGCCUAUCAACUAAGGUUGCAAAGGGUUGGAAUAUUUCCAGAAAGGUUUCCAGUAAAUAGACAUGAACAAUCAUACAAUUUAAAAGCAUGACAUUUUAACAGUGAAACCUUAUCAAGUUUUAAAAUUUUGGUUGAACUAUUAAUAUUUUUAUUGAUGAAAAAAAACAUAAAUGUUAAGUUUAACAUUACUUGUCCCCACGACUCAUUCAAAAAUUAACUAAUUCCCAUAAAUUCAAGUGAAUUCCCAUGGUAAGUUUCAUACUAUGAACAUCCCUGAGAUUUUGCAACCCUACUAAUGAACUCUUGUAUGGAUUUCUUCUCUCCGCUAAACAAGGCAACAAUCGGAAUUGACUUCCUGUCGAAAACCAUGUACCUGGAGGACCGAACGGUGCGGUUGCAGCUCUGGGACACUGCGGGACAAGAGCGCUUCAGGAGCCUCAUCCCGAGCUACAUACGAGACUCCACGGUGGCCGUGGUCGUCUACGACAUUACAAACGUGAAUUCCUUCCAGCAGACGUCCAAAUGGAUUGACGACGUGCGGACGGAGAGAGGAAGUGACGUUAUCAUCAUGCUGGUGGGCAACAAAACAGACCUGGCAGACAAGAGGCAAAUUAGCAUCGAGGAAGGCGAGCAGCGGGCUAAAGAGCUCAGCGUCAUGUUCAUCGAGACCAGCGCCAAGACGGGCCACAACGUCAAACAGCUGUUCCGCCGCGUGGCCUCCUCUCUUCCCGGCAUCGAGAGCGUGCAGGAGACUGGCAAACAAGGCAUGAUUGACAUCAAGCUGGACAAAGCUCAGGAGCCGCAGACGAACGAGGCUGGCUGCUCCUGUUAAUAGCCGCUAGCAUUAGUAGCUAGCGGUCAUGAUGUCUACCCUCCCCACCCAGACACUCUUAUGUUGUGGCUUCUUAUUGGUUAACAUCCCGACUGCUGGUCAGUGCUUCCAGAGAGCAAUAUGUCAACGUUGAAGCUGCCAAAAACAAACAAGUUUACAAACAAGCUGCUGCUGCUUUUUUCUUUUUUUUUUUUUUUUUUUUUCUCCUUUUUUCUUUUUUUGUCCUGAUCAAGUCCUCUCCAUGCUUUGUUUUUGUAUUUUUAUAUUCAGGGACAAUUCUCUCCAUGUUUGGAGCCCCUAACUUUAAAACAAACAUCCACGCUUAUGGACUGUCCAUGCAUGCUUCUCUAUAUGUCAGGUAACGUCUCACUCACACACACACACACACACACACACACACAAAUGUUGGACUUUGCAUAGUUUCUAUACGUGACUGAUGUGUAUCACUUUGUGCUUUGUGUACACGCAACAUUCGGGCAUUGUCACGAAUGCAUUCUGGGAUGUGUAAAUAUGUACGUUGAUGUGAAGGCCAAGAUACACCUGGUAAAGUGUUUGGACCACACCGGAAACGUCUACAGUGGAACCUCUAGAGUCCAAUUAGGAAUGUGACCCAAAUACACUUCGAAAGUCAGACAACAAACAGAUUUGGAAUUAUGACCUUGUAAUAGACUUGAACAGACCUCAGAUGAGCGAGCAGCAAAGGAUUAACUUGUGCUUUUGUCUGUUCUUUGCCAUUUUUGUGACACUCUUAAAACAAUUAUUGUCACCAAUCUUUGGACUAGACAUUUGCCCAGACUUUAGUUCAGAUCUUUUUUUUUUUUUUGCAGAUCUUGAUCCAUAUUUUUGUACAGAUCCCGAUCCAGACUAUUGUCAAAACUGUAGGUCAGACGUAUGUCUAGACAUUAUCUCAGAUCUUGGUCAUUGUUUCAGAUCUUUGGUCAAGACAUUGUUUAAAAUUUCAGUCCAGAUUUUUACCCAGAUCUUGAUCCAGACCUUUUCUACACCUUGGUUGAAAUUUUGGUCCAGACAUUGGCCCAGAUCUUGGUCUAGACAUUAAGUCAAGGCAUUGCUCCAGACCUUGGCCCAGAUCUUAUUCAAGAGUUUGGUCCAGACCUUGGUCCAGAUUUUUGUCUGAACAUUUCUCCAGAUGUUGCUCCAUGUUAUUGUCCAGACUUUGGUAGAGACUUUGAGGAAUAUCUAGGUCCGGACUUUUGCCCAGGUCUUGAUCCAGACCUUGGUCAAAACUUUGGUCCAGAACUUGGCCCAGAUCUUGGUAUUGCGCCACAUUUUGGUCCAGACAUUUGUUCAGACUUGGAUGCGGAUCUUAUUCAGACCUUGGUCCAGACUUUGGUAUCUUAGAGGUUCCGCUGUAUUUGUUGUUUUAUUUGUUGUUUUUCUUCCUUUUAGAGGUUCCACUAUAUUUGUUUUGUUUUUUUCUUUGGCGGGGGGGCAAAAUGUUUUAAAAUUGAAUUUUUUUUAUUUUAAAAAGUUUUUAUCAGGUUGAGACUUGGAAGUCAGGGAAGACACCUUGACAGUGAACCCUAACACACUUUGCUGCUUAUCAUUUCAUAUUCAUUAUUUUACAACAGGAAUGUAGGACAACACACAGCCUUACUGUGGGAUGAGCACUUUUUUCUUUUUCUUUUUUUAAAUUGAAAGAGGAUUUUACAGAUGGUUCUUUGUAUUUAUUGCUGGUGAAUAGGAACCCUGGUGUCCAUAUGUCAACAUUUGUGAGCAUUGUAGUGAUGCUUUUGCAUUGAGGGGGCGGGACCACAGCUCUCCUCUCACUGACUGUACAGAGCAUGUCGCUAUUAAACAUGUCUUAUUGCCAAACA